GGAAAGACACCUCUAGCCGCGAUUUCGUCAGCGGGGAAAUUCAAGCGCUUUGCAUAUCCACGCUCGCCGUCUCACUGCCCCUGCCGUUUGCCUGGGCCUGGCCUCCACCCGCCCCCGGAUCGGGAGGCUAUAAAAUGGGAAGACGCGCCGGUCGGAGCGGAAAGGCAGCCUUUGACGGCCAGCAGGAACCGGGCGUCCGUCCUCUGCUCCGCGUGAAAAACCGCCCGGCUUCGAAGACCGCCUGCUCCGCGACGGUGGACAAAUGGCCGGUUGCAGCUCUCAGAGCCUCGGAGGCUCCCUGCUCUUCGUGGGAUGGCACCUAGUUCAAACUGCUCUUAGUACAACAGUGAUCCCGUUAUGUGGAGUAAAUAAGACUGAAAACUGUACAACUACUGUAGAAACUGUUCUACCUGUAACUCAGACGGGAAAACAGACAGAAUGCAAGCCUGAAUGGCAAAGCUUCUGUUUCAAUGGAGAAUGCAAAUACUCGGAGACUUUGGAACGAUAUUACUGCAGGUGUAACGAGGGAUUUAUUGGUGAAAGAUGUAGCCACUCGAAUCUGGAUCUCGUCAAACAGCCCUUGAGCAACGAAUACUUGGCAUUUACUAUUCUUAUGUGUCUAUUUUUCUUCAUUGCAAUUUUAUUAUCAAUAUACUUCUACAGAAGGUAUCUAAACAAGAAACAAAGGCUUGCUACAAGCAAAAACUAUAAAGAGGUUGCUACAGAUACUGAAAAAGACCACAAACUUCUUCAUGUGUGAAAUGAGGAUUCAUAUAGAAGCCAUUUAUUUAAUAAUUUUAACACAUAUUUUAUUAAUAUUUAUGUUUUAAGUGAAAGAAUUUCAAAAUCUUGAUCAGAGAAUAUAUGUGCAGGUCAAAAACACUAUUUUUAUAAAUGUCAUUUAUAUUUGUAUUUUAUUUUUUAUUCAAUGUUUUUAUCUGUGGAAUGUUUUCAUAAUGUAAUGCAAUGAUAUCUUGCAUUCACACCUGUGAACUGUUACAUGUAAAUGCAUGUAAAAUUUAUCUUCUACAUAUUUAAUGCACUACAAAAUACAAAAUGUUGCUGUUUUCUUCACUGGAAGAAAGGUUUUACUUGCAAAAGAUUAGAAGGGAUCUUUAUUUGUUAUAAAGAUGAAAUCUUCCUAAUCAUUCUAAUUAACUGUUUUCCUUAGAAAUAAGAACAGAAAGUGUUGUAUCAUAAACUUGUGCACUUAUUUAUUUCUUUAUUAAAGCAUUGUUUGCUCA